AUGCUCCCUGGGGGUCCCUUGAACCAGUACAUCUCCCUGCUAGUACCGCAAGUCGCUCAGGAUAUUCUGUCCAAAGCACUGGACUAUUUGACAUCAAGCGCCUCUGAAAAGAACGAGCACAUGCUUCUCCAUAAAUCGGCCCAUGCCGUUAAAAUCGGACAGAGUUUUAGGUUUGACGUGGAUUUUGCUCCGUUUGAGUCUGCUGAACACUACGCCUCUCAGCCUCCAAAGUCGUUAUGGGUGAAGGUGAAGAAUACUGAAGCUAUAGGCAUGAGAGCUGCUUACUUGGCUGGUCCAUAUGUUUUGUAUGUGGACUGUCGACCUGAUGAUUAUGAUAUUUCAAAGAACGUGUUUAUCACGGCGGAUCAGCCUGUUUACGAACCACAGCUCCUUCCGGGCCAGAGCUUCUACGUGGAGCUACUGUGCCACCAGUAUAAGCCGCAUUAUCGUUGGACCAUUGAUGUGAUCUCCCAGGCUAUCUUUAAUGUUUCUGUGGCUACUAAUUUUGAGAUUUCUAUUGCUGCACGCCGUGAAUGGCUUUCGGAAUCGAACGUCCAGGUGGUUCCACACCCCUUUGUUCUGGUUCUGACCCACGAUACUUUAGACUUGUGGAAUAUGCCUAUUCCAGAUACUUCCAAGCCGAUCCAUUUGGUGAUCUUGACGCAUGGCCUUCAUGCUAACGUGCUGUCGGAUAUGUUCUUUUUGAAAGAGCAGAUUGAUAAGAAACAAGGUGAUGAGAAUGUCGUUGUCAAGGGCUACUUUGGCAAUGUCUGUAAGACUGAACGAGGCGUCAAGUACUUGGGCAGUAGAGUUGCCGACUACGUCGUGGACCUUGUCACGCAGAACGAAACCUUAAAGGGUAAUGUGACCAAGAUUUCAUUUAUCGGUCAUUCGCUUGGUGGUCUUGUUCAAACGUUUGCUGUGGCUUACUUAGAGGCCAACUUUCCAUGGUUCUUCCAGCAAGUCCAGCCAGUCAACUUCAUCACCUUGGCUUCUCCAAUGAUCGGCGUGGUCCACGAAAACCCCGUCUACAUUAAACUAGCGCUUUUGGCCGGUGUGGUGGGCAAGACAGGUCAAGAUUUGGGACUACAGUACACUGAGAGCAACAAUAAACCGUUGUUGCUUUUACUUCCCACAGGCCCUACUCACCGGAUUCUUAAACGCUUCGUUCGCAGAACUGUCUACGCCAAUGCUGUGAAUGACGGUAUUGUACCUCUCAGAACUUCUGCAUUACUUUAUCUAGACUAUGACGGGUUGACUGCCGUUGGUAGCGAUACCAAACCUGGCACCACAGGCGAGAUCCCACAGGAUCUUCCAAAUAAUGAGGAUUCCCAAACACUGGCUCUCAGUGCCAUGCUUUCAUACUUUUUGCCUCAAAAGCAUCGCAAGAGCGAUGCUGAGCAAUAUAACCGUUUCCAAACGAACAGCCAGGAAAACAACACCAAGGAGGGAACGUUUGGUGGGCUACCGAAGCCAUCUAUCGUUGAAAGUGCCGCUUCAUUAAUUCUCCCACCGCAGCCCUCGCUUAAAUACAUCACCAACCCAGCUUCCAGAGACGACGUGAUCAUGCACGACAAGGUCUACCACGACUCCGACUUGCCUCCUUUCGGAAUCGAAGAACCCACAGAAGAAGAGAGCAAGACGAUGAUCCAGAAGUUGACGGCCAAAGGUGAAUCGAUCACGAACUUGGCUCGUAGCAAGGAAAUGGAAAGACUUGAGGAGGAAAUCGCUCGUGAGUACCAUAAACUGAUGCUGUGGAGAAAAGUGCUUGUAUCGCUUAAGCCAGACGCCCAUAACAACAUUGUUGUGAGAAGACGGUUCUCCAAUGCUUACGGAUGGCCAGUCAUCCAGCACUUGAUCACAAACCACUUUGACGUGGAUGGCGCCACCACGCCUGAACCAUCUGAAGAUGAAAGCAUGGACUUGUCCACGGAGUAUUCAGCCCUUGCAAGAAUCCUUCUGAGAGAUCUCAUCCAUCGUGAGAACGAGGAUAUUGACAGAGAGUCGCUCAACGAGCCCGUGGAACAUACCUGGAUCAAAGCCGACGCAGACUGCGAGUCGAUGUUUGCCGUUGGUCCUGCCGGUCUUCUCCUGGAUGUCAGUGAGAGAGUCUGGAAGCUCAAGGAGCAAUGGGAGAAGCGUAACGCUGAGACUCCAAGCAUUGACGAGACCACAGCUGCUGCAUUAGACAACGAUCUCCUCGAAGGCAACAAGCUGAUCAUGGAACGGUUCAUGUGA